AUGGCUGCUCUGCUGAUUCUCGCCGCCUUGAUCUGCCGGCUUCUCCUUGUCCUGCUUGGGGGUGGCUGUCAACCAGGGUAUGUGGUUCAUGUACUUUGUGAUGGAAGAAACUUCUUCUACACCUACCUGCUUUCUCUGUCCUCCGAUGCUGCUGCAUUGGAGCCAGGCAAGGACCAGUCCAGAAGGAAGUAG